AGGGUGCUGAGGGGGAAUUAAAAAAAGGCUCACACGCAAUGUUGCUGAUGGGAAUUUAUUUAAUCUUGACACUUAUUGAUGGACUGUCGAAUGUGGAAGGGGCCCACAAUGACUGCUUGCAAGCCAGUGAGACCUGCAUCAAUGACCCCAAGUGUAGCCCCAAGUACAGGACGUUUCGCCAAUGCAUGGCAGGCAGCAGUGCUGCUCCGCUUGGGCCCGGAGCCAAGAACCAGUGCAUGAGUGCGGUCAUGUCACUCCUGUCCAGCCCGCUGCACAACUGCAAGUGCAAACGAGGUAUGAAGAAGGAGAAAAACUGCCUUGGGAUCUACUGGAGCCUGCAUCAGAGCAUGGCACAAGGUGAAGAAAUUGAUGACAGCUCACCCUAUGAGCCCAGCAAGAGGGGAUAUGACUAUGCCAGACUGGCCUCAAUAACAGCAGGAAGGUUCAAUGUUUGUCCAAUUGGUUUCACAGGAUCAGACAUUGGCAUCACACGGGCCAACCGCUGCCUGGAUGCAGCCAAAGCCUGCAACGUGGACGAGUCGUGCCAGAAGUUACGGACGGAGUACGUCUCCUCUUGCAUCAAACGCUCCAGCAAGGCCGAGACCUGCAACCGCCCCAAAUGCCACAAGGCCCUCCGCAAGUUCUUCGACCGCGUACCCGUUGAGUUCACGCACGAGUUACUCUUCUGCCCCUGCGAGGACACGGCGUGUGCGGAGCGCAGAAGGCAAACCAUCGUCCCGUUGUGUUCCUAUUACGUGAAGGAGAAGCAGAACUGCUUGACGUUACUGGAGUCGUGCAAAAUGAAUGUUGUUUGCAGAUCAAGGUUAGCAGAGUUCCAAACGAGCUGUCAGCCUUCCACACAGUCUGUGAGUGGUUGUCUCAGGGAGAACUAUGCUGCCUGUCUACUCUCAUACACUGGCAUUAUAGGUACUGUGGUCACCCCAAACUAUAUCGACAAUUCCAGCUCUAAUGUGGCGCCCUGGUGUACCUGCAGUGGCAGUGGAAACCACAGAGAGGACUGUGAGAACUUCCACACCCUCUUCACAGAUAAUAUAUGCCUCAAGAAUGCAUUUCAAGCAUUUGGAAAUGGGACAGAUCUUAACACAGGCUCCAGUGUUCAACAGUCAACUCUCCCCACAUCGCAGACCCGAAUGGACAAACACUCAAAUGACACAGAACUUUCACACCUAGACGAAAAUAUAUUUGACCCAUCACUAACUACGCAGGUCGCUGACGACAGAACACUGUGGAGAGAGUCGACACGCUCGGCCUCCGAGGCUUUGGGCCUGGCAGUGGUUGUAGGAAGCCGAGCGGAGCUGGUCUGGGGCGUUCUGCUCGCCUCCUUCCACUUUCACUUUACAAUGUGAACAAUCUAGAGGGUGGACAGAUCCACCUCUCUCUCUCUCUCUCUGUCUCUCUCUUUCUCUCUCUCCACGCUCACACAAACACCAAUGUAUAUUAAACUUCAUCCAGCUCUCU